AUGUGGCCUCUGAUAUUUACUGCGUUAAGGACGUAUGCUCCAUACAUUACCUUUCCAGUGGCACUCGUGGCGGGAGCUGUGGGAUAUCACUUGGAAUGGUUUAUUCGUGGAACCCCACAAAAGAUUACAGAAGAGCAGAGCAUUGUAGAAAAAAGAGAGGAAAGAGUCCUACAGGAGGCUGCAGGGCGGGAUCUCACUCAAAUCACCAGUUUGAAGGAAAAAAAGGAAUUUACACCCAAAGCUGUCCUUAAUCGCAAUCGACCGGAAAAAAGCUAAAAAUAUGAAACUCCUCCCAACUCCUAAUUUUAGGUGUUAUUCUGAUUGUACCAGAGAGCUGAUGGAAGAACAUUAUGUACAUCCCUUCAGUUCAAAUCUAUGGAGACCGAUGGUGCAUCAAUAUUUUUUUCCUUGA